AUGGCCAAGCUCAGCGUGAGAGUGUCCACCGGGGAGGCCAUCGGGGCUGGCGCGUGGAACAAAAUAGCUGUCAGCAUCGUGGGGGCCCGAGGAGAGACCCCCCCACUGCGCCUGGACCACCCGGGCAAGGAGUUCAGCGCGGGCGCCGUGGAGGACUUCCAGCUGGAGCCCCCCCAGGACGGGGCCUGGUGCUGCUGCUGGUUCCAGCUCACGCCGCCGCGGGGCGCCCCCCUGCGCCUCCCCUGCUACCAGUGGCUGGAGGGCGCGGAGCCUGUCGCUGCGCGCGGGGGCACAGCCAAGGUCUCCUGGGCAGACGACCACCCCAUCCUCCGGCAACAGCUCCAGGAAGAGCUGCAGGCCAGGCAGGACUCGUACCACUGGAAGACUUACAGGCCAGGCUGGCCCCACUGUCUGGAUGAGAAGUCUGUGAAAGAUCUGGAUCUCAACAUCAAAUACUCUGUCACGAAGAAUUCCUGCUUCUACCUGAAAUUCAGCUCUGCGUUUACAGAGCUAAAACUCAAGGGGCUGCUGGACCGCAAGGGGCUCUGGAAGAGUCUGAAUGAGAUGAGAAGGAUGUUGAACUUCCGCAAGACGCCGGCCGCUGAGUACGUGUUUAAACACUGGCAGGAGGACGCCUUCUUCGCCUCCCAGUUCCUGAAUGGCCUCAACCCUGUCCUGAUCCACCGCUGUCGCCACCUGCCAGAGAACUUCCCCAUCACUGAUGACAUGGUGGCCCCCGUGCUGGGCCCUGGGACCAGUCUGCAGGCUGAGCUGGAGAGGGGCUCCCUGUUCCUGGUGGAUCAUGGUAUCCUCUCUGGCAUCCACACCAACGUCGUGAAUGGGAGGCCCCAGUUCUCCGCGGCCCCGAUGACCCUGCUGUUCCAGCGCCCUGGGGGAGGUCCCCUGCUGCCCCUUGCCAUCCAGCUCAGCCAGACCCCGGGGCCCGACAGCCCCAUCUUCCUGCCCGGCGACAACAAGAGGGACUGGUUGCUGGCCAAGACAUGGGUGCGGAACGCCGAAUUCUCUGUCCACGAGGCUGUCACGCACCUGUUGCACGCGCACCUGCUGCCUCACUGCCAUCCACUCUUCAAGCUGUUGAUCCCCCACACUUGGUACACCCUGCAUAUCAACACUCUUGCCCGCGAGCUGUUCUUCGCCCCGGGGCAGGUGGUGGACAGGUCCACAGGCAUUGGCGUUGGAGGCUUCUCGGAGCUGAUACAGAGGAACAUGGAACAGUUGAGCUAUUCCGUCCUGUGUCUGCCUGAGGAUAUCCAGGCCCGAGGAGUCGAAGACAUCCCGAAUUACUACUACCGGGAUGAUGGGUUGCAGAUCUGGGGUGCAGUGGAGAGCUUUGUCUCCGAAAUAAUCAACAUCUACUACCCAAGUGAUGCAUCGGUGCAUGAUGACCAUGAACUCCAAGCCUGGGUGUGGGAGAUCUUCUCGGAGGGCUUCCUGGGCAGGGAGAGCUCAGGUGUGCCCUCCGCGCUGGAGACCCGGGAAGCCCUGGUCCAGUACGUCACCAUGGUCAUCUUCAACUGCUCAGCCAAGCACUACGCCGUCAGUGCCGGGCAGUUUGACUCCUGUGUCUGGAUGCCCAACCUGCCUCCCACCAUGCAGCUGCCACCCCACACCUGCAAAGGCCAGACAACGCCAGAGGGGUUUCUAGCCACCCUCCCGCUGGUCAAUGCCACAUGUGACAUUAUCAUUGCCCUCUGGCUGCUAAGCAAGGAGCCUGGGGACCAACGACCCCUGGGCACCUACCCAGAGGAGCACUUCACGGAGGAGGCUCCUUAGCAGAGCAUCACCGCCUUCCAGAGCUGCCUGGCCCAAAUCUCGAAGGAUAUCCGGGAGCGGAACCAGAGGCUGUCACUGCCCUAUACCUACCUGGACCCUCCGCUCAUUGAAAACAGCGUAUCCAUCUAA